GAGGGGCUGGGGCGGGGGAGGGCUCGGGCCGGGAUCGGCACCGGCAGCGGCGGGCACCGGCGGCGGCACCGGGGAGCUGCGGUUCUCUCCUCCUCGCUCCCCUCCGCAGCUCCUCCCGCGGCCAUGAACCGGAUCCGCAUCCACGUUCUGCCGUCGCAGCGGAGCCGCCUGGCGCCGGGGCCGCGCCCGCCGGAGCCUCUGUGGUGCUCGUUCAGCGGGCGGCAGUGCUCGCAGCCGCGCCUGGAGGGGCAGGACUUCUGCCUCAGGCACAUCCUGGAGGACAGGACUGCCCCCUACAAGCAGUGCAGCUACGUCUCCACCAAGAACGGCAGGAGGUGCCCAAACGCUGCCCCCAAGCCCGAGAAGAAGGAUGGCACCUCCUUCUGUGCAGAGCAUGCCUGGAGGCACAGCCUGGCACUGCAAGCCCAGAUGAAGAAGUCCCACCCCGGGCCAGUGAGUGAGGCUCUGCUGUGCCAGCUCAGCUCCUAUGCCAGAGGCGAGCUGGGGGCACAGGGCACCGAGAGCAGCCGCAGCGAAGCCAGCAGGAUCCUGGAUGAGGACAGUUGGAGCGAUGGGGAGCAGGAUCCUGUCACCGUGGAGCAGACCUGGCGAGGGGACCCAGACAGUGAGGCUGACAGCAUCGACAGCGACCAGGAGGACCCCUUGAAGCACGCAGGGGUGUACACGGCCGAGGAGGUGGCCCUGAUCAUGCGGGAGAAGCUCAUCCGCCUGCAGUCGCUCUACAUCGACCAGUUCAAGAGGCUGCAGCACCUCCUGCAGGAGCGCAAGAGACGCUUCCUGCACAGCCGCCGCGCCGAGCACCAGGCCAUGGGCGACAGCCUCCUGACCGGCCCCGAGGGGCUGCUGGCCAAGGAACGAGAGAGCCUGAAGCGGCUCAAGUGCCUGCGGCGCUACCGGCAGCGCUACGGGGCCGAGGCUCUGCUGCACCGACAGCUGCGGGAGCGCAGGCUGCUGGCCAGCGAGGGCACCGCCCAGCAGGCUCACACCACCCGUUCCAGCCAGAGGUGUUUGGCCUUUGUGGACGAUGUGAGGUGCUCCAGGCAGCCGCUGCCGCUGAGCAGGCACUGCCUGCUGCACAUCUGCCAGGACACCAACCAGACCCUCUUCAAACCAUGCCAAGGCUCUGAGGAGGUGCCCUGCAACAAACCAGUCGCUGCCAGCCUGUCAGAGGAGCCCUGCUGCCCUCUCCACCUCCGUCUGCCAGCUCAGAUGUACAUCCCUGAGCAGGGCCUGGCAGUGCCAGAGGAGCUGGAGGCUGCCCCCAGCGACCUCUACUUAAGCGCCGCUGAGCUGCAGCCCACUGAGAGUUUGCCCCUGGAGUUCAGUGAUGACCUGGAUGUGGUGGGCGAUGGCAUGCAGUGCCCCCCAUCCCCUCUGCUCUUUGACCCCUCUGUGGCCCUGGAUCAGUCCCUCCGGGAGGUUGCUGAAGCUCCCAUUGAUAUUUUGGCCCUGGAGGACCCUCCCCAGCCUGGCAUCCCUCAGCUGGCACCGCUGGACAGAGGAACCUCCUCUGCCCACCUCUUCUCCCCACCCACCGAGCCUGCAGCUGAGCUGCCAGCACAGCAGAGUCGCCAGCCGCUGGCACUGUGCCCCCCUGGGCCCCGGCAGGAGACCUCUGCCAACGGGAGCCUGGAGCCGGCGUCUGUGAGCUGAGGGCAGCCUCUGGGUGCUCCCUCCUGGAUCCUCCGUGCCCCUGGCACACCUGCGGACCUGCACCGGCCCUGGCUGCUGUGCCAGCCUCGUCCUCAGAGGGCAUCUGGGCUGCGCCCCCGCCCGUGGGCGCCUCAACCCCCUCCCGUUGGCACUGCAAGGGCAGAGCUGCCCACCCAGAGGGCAGCCCGGGGGGGGCUCUGCCUGCUCCCUAGGGCCGGGAGAUGCUUUGCGGUGGGGAAUGGGCCCCGAGGAGGGGUCCAAGGGUGGGGGUGGGGGUGGGGGAGGGGCACGUGGACCCUGUGGCGAUUUUGGGGAGCGCGCGCGCCUGUGUCUGUCCCCAACCCCCCCCCAAUAAAGAGCUGGAGGUGGC